UAGUUGCUCAGAGCUCGCACUCUUGAGUGAGCUCUUAACCAACUGAACCACUUGGCCGGCCCUAAUCACCAAAGUUUUAAAUGAUUCUUACCCACACCAGUAUUUCAUGAUUAUAGAGGUCAUUGUUUUCAACUUUCUCUAUUACUUGUACUUAAUCUCUGUACUUAUCAAUUUUACGAGUUGCUUAGUCAUAUUUGAGAACUGUCUAAGCAUUUACUUUCCUACGUAUUAUUUUCAGGUUAAUUUUCCCAUUUCGUUUUUAGACAUUUAACCUCUCCCAGAAUAGUAAAAAUGAGUAUAUGGUUUUUUAUUUUUAUUCAGAUCUGGAAUCAAUGUGUGAGACCAAGAUACUAUCUCUAAAGAAGAGACAUUUUAGUCAAGUAAUAUUUAUCCAUGAAGAAGACAUGUCCACUUUUAUUGAGCCCACAUUUCUUACUCCACAUCAAAAAACUAUUAAUGAAGAGAAACCCUGUGAAUAUAAAAUAUGUGGAAAGACCUUUAAUCAGAACCCACAGUUUAUACAACAUCAGAGAAGUCAUUCUGCAGAAAAACUCUAUGAAUGUAAGGAGUGUGGGAAAUCUUUUAGUCGUGGCUCACUUGUUACUCGACAUCAGAGGAUUCACACUGGUGAAAAGCCCUAUGAAUGUAAGGAAUGUGGCAAGGCUUUUAGUUGUAGUUCAUAUUUUUCUCAACAUCAGAGGAUUCACACUGGUGAGAAACCCUAUGAAUGUAAGGAAUGUGGAAAAGCCUUUAAUUAUUGCUCAAACCUUAAUGAUCAUCAAAGAAUUCACACUGGCGAGAAACCCUAUAAAUGUAAAGUAUGUGGAAAAGCCUUCACCAAGAGUUCACAACUUUUUCCACAUCUGAGAAUUCAUACCGGUGAGAAACCUUAUGAAUGUAAGGAAUGUGGAAAAACCUUUACUCAACAUUCAAGGCUUGUUCAACAUCAGAGAAUGCAUACUGGAGAGAAACCUUACAAAUGUAAGGAAUGUGGGAAAGCCUUUAGUAGUACCUCAACACUUACUAAUCAUCACAGAAUUCAUGCUGGCAAGAAACUCUAUAAAUGUAAAGAAUGUGGAAAGGCCUUUAUUCAGAGCUCAGAACUUAUUCAACACCAGAGAAUCCAUACAGAUGAAAAACCUUAUGAAUGUAAUGAAUGUGGGAAGGCCUUUAAUAAAGGCUCAAACCUUACUAGACAUCAAAGAAUUCAUACUGGUGAGAAACCCUAUGACUGUAAGGAAUGUGGAAAAGCCUUUGGUAGUCGCUCUGACCUCAUUCGCCAUGAAGGAAUUCAUAUUGGGUGAAUGAUAAGCCCUUUUGAUAAUCUUUAUAAUAAUAUUUUUAAAAACAAGUAAUUUUUUUAAAAGCCCAGGUAAUGCAUAAUCAGAAGUUCUCCUGUGUUGUAGUUUUCUAGGGUUACUGUAAUAAAGUACCAAGUACUACAAAACUGGGUGACUUAAAUCAACAAAAGUUUAUUCUCAGUUUUGAGAAAGA